AUGGCAGUUAAUACCUGGUUAUGUCCCUGCAACCCUCUGUGUUACACCGUCAUUAUGAAUAGGAGAUUCUCUUUCCAAUUAGUAGUGGCCUCAUGGAUUUCAGGGAUACCUGUGGGAAUAGUACAGACCAUGUGGCUUUUUAGUUUUCCCUUUUGUGGUCAUAAUGAAAUUAAUCACUUCUGUGAUGGACCCCCAGUGUUAGUGCUGGUGUGUGCAGACACCUCCCUCUUUCACAUCUAUUCCAACACAGCUACUUUUCUUAUUGUAAUUUCUCCUUUUGUGCUGAUCCUAGCAUCCUACACAUGUAUCCUCUGUACUGUGCUGAAAAUGCAGUCAUUGAAUGGAAAACACAAAGCCUUCUCUACUUGCUCCUCUCACCUUAUGGUUUUGACUCUUUUGUAUAUUACCUUCAGCUUGACUUACAUCCAGUAUAAGACCAAGUACUGGCCCAACACCAAUAAAAUAUUGUCUUUCUCCUACACAGCCAUUACUCUCAUGUUAAAUCCCAUUAUUUACAGCAUGAGGAACAAUAUAGUGAAGGGGGCACUAAGAAGGACCCUGAGCAGGAACACAGACGUUCCCACCAGAGAUCUAACAUCAGCCCAAGUACAGAAAAUUGACAUGAUAAUGCAUUGUCCUGGAGGUUCAGUUUUCCAGGUCUUGAACAUCCUGAAUUUAGUUCUGAGCCAAAGGAGGAUGCAAGUUGGAAAAUACAGAAGCUGA